CUGUUUCAGGUUCCACGACUCGCCCCUUCGCUGAUCGUCGCCCUCGCCUCACUCGCCCAUAUAUACAUACAACCCUCCGGCAUCUUCCUUCGAAGUCGAGACAGAAGCCGACCCCGGACCUUCAGAAGAGCAAUACCAGUCCCGUACCUUGGGUAAGUUGCCGUCACAUUUCUCGUUUGUAUUUCCAUCUCGUACUCGCCGGGUGACGUCGUGGGCCGACCCUGUCCCACCUCCAUGCCGGACUCGGCCUCGGUUUUGUUUUGUUUGCUGUUGCAGCCUUUGUGGUCUUGUGGUCGCUGCGCCGGCUUCAGUGGCGUUACUUCCCGAGUCAAAUCCAACCACGGUUUGCGAGCCGAGACACCAUCACCACCAACCCAAUCGUGCGUUUCCUGCGCCGCCUACCCUCCUACCCUACCCAGUCUGCGCGGCGACGAGACUCCUGUCUUGGGUGGCUUGCUAUUUGCUUGCUUGGGGUUUCUGGCGGAUGUCACCAAUGACAGCAUUCCAUGCACGCCGCGUGUAGUGCCGCUCGCAGCCAACGCUGCCAACGUUGCCGCAUUCCCUCGUUUACCUAACCCCUUUUCCCCUUAUCUUAUUUUGGCUUGGAACAUGCCGGCGGCCGUUUGCCAUCUCCCAACUUGACCCGGACCUCAUCUUCUUCAUGGGGCCUGUUGCUGCACGGAGUUUGUGUCGCUGAGUGCACCGGACCAGUCCCGGCUCAUUCUCGCCCUGGACCCAGUAUUAUUUGGCCAGCCAGAAAAUCCCGU